AUGGCAGAUGUGGAGGCUAUGUACCAUCAAAUCCAAGUAGCGCCAGAACAGCGAGAUGCAUUAAGAUUCUUCUGGUGGAAGAAUGGGGACCUGAGUAGAGAACCAGUAACUUACAGGAUGAAGGUGCACAUCUUUGGUGGGGUGUGGAUCCCUUCUUGUGCAACUUACGCCCUCCGGCGCACAUUUCACGACCACAGAUCCGAGUUUCCCGAUAUGGUGGCGAAAGCGGAAGUCAACUUCUAUGUUGACGACCUACUCAUGUCGCUAGACCCAUCAAAUGAAGCAUCAAUGUUAGCGUGUCAGCUUAGAAGACUGUUGGCGCGCGGAGGAUUUCGGUUAACUAAGUGGGCCAGUAAUCACAAAGGAGUGUUGGCUACCAUCCCAACGGAGGAGAGGCAAAAUGCACUGAAGGAAAUUGAUCUGAGGCAAGACAAAUUGCCAAUGGAGCGAGCCCUGGGGGUUAAGUGA